CAUCAACUUGCACCUGAAGUGGAGAGUUCUUUUUGAAUAUUCACAAUAAUUUGCUUUCAUUUUAAUGCACACAAAAUGGAAUGUUUCUGACCAAGAUUUGAGUGCAGACAGUCCUAAUCAGCAAUCCUUGAUCUUUUCAUCUUUUGGGGCUGUCACUUUCAUUCAUACUCAAUAAUGAACAGUGACCACAUUGCUUCCACAUCCCACUUAUUCUGCCAUCUUCUUCAUUCACUGCCAACUCCACUUUGUCUCAGUGCAUGCAUGUAGUGUAGAGUAUUCAGCUUUGGAUUCCACAAAGCUAGUUAUAGCAAUCUCUUCAAAGUUCAAAAUUUUCCUUUUUUUGCAUUAGGUUUGCACAUGUUGGCACUGUUCAAAGUACCAGUCUUUUUUCUGUUUGUUGCUAUUUCAUUUUUCUUGCAUAUGUUUUUCCUUCAAGCUACUUUUCUUAUUUCUUUUUUCCAAAGUUUCCUUCUGUCUCUUUUUUCUGAUUAAAACGAGUUUAGUAAAACAUCAGGCUUUUCAUGUGAAAGUUUAUUCUAGUUCAAGUAUGGGCUAAUGUUCUUAUAUAUACAUGGUUUUCAGUUUCUAGGACUUUUUAUUCUGCACAAAUCACCAGUGACAACACUUGAGGCAAGGAGUUAUUUCAAUUGUGUACAUUUCUAUGAAUAUAACUUAUAUUUGGGUUAGCUUUAGUAGCUGUUAAUGGGUUUAAUUAACAGUUGAAUUGAAUUGGAUUUAGUUUUGGAGCUUUAGGGAGUGGUAUUUGAAUAAGAGAGUAAGAUUUAAAGAUGAUUGUGAGAAAAACCAAGACAAAGUCACUACUUGUGCUCCUUUUUAUGGUUCUUGCCUUUUUCUUUGUCAUUUACAAUUUGGUAUUUAUGAUCAAACACCAUAAGGGUGGAAGCUGGAUAUCAGAAAAUUCCCAUUCAAAAUUCCAUGUUGUGGUCACUGCUACUGAUGCAGCUUAUUCUCAAUGGCAAUGCCGAAUUAUGUACUACUGGUAUAAGAAGGUAAAGGAAAUACCUGGAUCAGAUAUGGGAGAGUUCACCAGAAUUGUCCAUUCAGGUAAACCAGACCAGUUGAUGGAUGAGAUUCCUACUUUUGUGGUUGAUCCACUUCCUGCAGGCUUGGAUAGGGGUUAUGUUGUGAUGAAUAGACCAUGGGCUUUUCUUCAGUGGCUGGAUAAAGCAAAUGUUGAGGAAGAAUAUAUUUUGAUGGCAGAACCCGACCACAUAUUUGUAAAACCUUUGCCUAAUUUGGCUAAUGGAAAUCAACCAGCAGGGUAUCCAUUUUUCUACAUAAAACCAGAUAAACAUGAAAAAAUAAUUAGAAAAUUCUACCCUAAGGCGAAUGGUCCUAUUACAGAUAUUGACCCCAUUGGAAAUUCUCCUGUAAUCAUUCAGAAGUCCUUGCUGGAGGAAAUAGCUCCCACAUGGGUGAAUGUUUCCCUGCAAAUGAAAGAUGAUCAAGAAGCUGAUGAAACUUUUGGAUGGGUACUUGAAAUGUAUGCAUACGCUGUGGCUUCGGCAUUGCACGGUGUACGGCAUGUUCUUCAUGAUAACUUCAUGCUCCAGCCACCAUGGGACUUGGAUGUUGGGAACAAGUUUAUAAUCCAUUAUACCUAUGCAUGUGACUACAAUUUAAAGGGGGAAUUGACAUAUGGGAAGAUUGGAGAAUGGCGUUUUAACAAGAGAGCUUAUCUCUCAGGUCCUCCACCCAAAAACCUUUCCUUACCCCCUCCUGGAGUUCCUGAAACUGUGGUGCAGCUUGUAAAGAUGAUCAAUGAAGCUACUGCUAACUUACCUAAAUGGGAUUCAUUAAAUAGAAGCUGAGGAAAAGAAAAUAAACCACAAAUCCUUAGGCCUCUCAUGCUAUGGCUACUAGAUGACAACCAACAAUUUGGAUUACAUAAAAAUAGACCUGUUUCACCCCAAGAUCUCUGAUUAAUACAAAAAAGAUGUUUUUGUGCUAGAUCUAAAAAAUAGAUGUUUUUUUCUGUAGCAAGUCAAGUGUGGGUAUUGAAGUAUAGAGCAUUUAUAGUUUGUCAGUUCAGUAGGCUUUGUCAGAGGAAAAUCAAUGGAAACAACUUAUUAUCAAAAUAUUAUAUCUAGAGUUCAAUGUAUCAAAUAUGCAGUGAAAAAUGAGAACGGAAGUAACCACCCAGAGUUUUGAAUUGAGUGAUAGUAUAUUUGUGCAUUAUACAUCUCAGUUUAAAAUGGUAGUGAUUUCCAAUGAGCAUGUUUAAGAAAAAUCAAUAGAUCAGUUUUAUAGAAGACAAAAAAAGAGACUCCAAAUUCUGCGAUAAAAGUACAGGUCACUUGACCAUCAUGCAUGAACUCUAUUAUAAAGUUAUAGACUUUCUUCAACUUACGUACUCCAACUUCAUAUCAUUUGGAUAUUGGUCAGUGGAGACCUCUAUAAUGCCUCAGAAAAUAAGAGAGAAUCUGAGCAAUAAAGGGAUACCAUAAAAGUUGUCAAUAUUUUAUAUAUAAAACAGACGCCUCCUUUUCAAUUAUGUAUAGAUGUUUUUAUAUGCAUUAAAAUGAUUGCUUUCAUUUCUCUAUCUAUUUCAUGCUACAUGCUUUAUUGUAUUUCUAAGGGUUUCUGUUUGAAGAUUUGGAUGAUCUCGUAGUCAAAGAAGGCUUCAUCUGGACUAUAUGUUCUUCAUUCACUCCCAUUUUCUUUGCAUAUCGGCCUGCUUCAAAGAACCUCCUAACUGCGUCAUCCAUGUAAUCUUUCCCUUGUUUAACAGUCAUGUCUUUCCCUAUUUUACCUGGAAAACUAGUGAGGAUAUUAUCUCCUUUAAGCACUGCUGCAAGUUGGAUCAAUUCCUGCUGAAAUUCACUCAUCUGGGCAUCUUCAUUAGGCCCUCCCUCCCUGAUCUUUACAGGGGUUGGAAGUUUCUCUGCACCAAAAUAACACCAGCAGGAAUCAACAAAUUGUAAAAUAUGCAGUGGUGAAUGUCAUUUGCCUCUACUCACUCUUUCGUGUGAGCAUUCAAAGUGCAGAUCAGAUUGGUUCAGCCAUAUUCAGCUUGGCCCAGUCAUUUUCACCCUGCACCAAAAUUCUCUUUGCAGCUUAUCCUCUCAGCGUACAGGAGCUGCAGCCUGGAAUUGGCUCGUGCCAAUUGAGUAUAACUAGCCCGAAGUUGUCUUCUUUUGGUAUUUUGACAGAACAAAGAUGAGAUCAGAGAGAUAAAAGGUUCUCUUACCACCUAAGACACAAGGAAUCAAGAGAUUCUUCUCUCUUCCCUCUUUCCUUGCUUCUCCAUCACUUCUCAUUCUCUUCAAGUUCUAGCAAUCAAUUUUCUCCUUAAGGUUCCAGCCCAAGCAUCUCUGUUGGUCAAAAAUGAAGGCAAAUUGAAGAGCUUUUUCACUGUUGCUGAAAUGGAUGAGUGCUCAUAUUCGGAUGUAGGAGUUGGUGACCCAUUUGGCCCAUGAACAACUGUAUCACCGUAAAAAUCAGAAAAGCUUGAACAGUUUUCAAUAAUUCACUAUCUCAUACAUGUUACACAUGAGAUUCAUUGGUUCCAUUCAAGUGGACAAUAUAAUUGUCCAAUAUAACGUUAAUUUGAGAAAAAAAAUUCUUCAUACACGGUUAGUUGUUUACUCACAUGUUUCAUUUUUUUCAUUAAUUAUAAUUUUUAAAAUUUAUAAACAAAAACAAUGUACCUCGGUGCCUAGAAGGCUCUUUGAUAUACAAAGAAAUACAAGAGAGCGUCAUUCUAUGGA